CUGAGUCAGGCAGGCAGCUGCCGCUAUUAAAACAGCUCCAGCCCUGCACACUUCCUUGCUAGAGUGAGAGCCGCAGCAAAGAUGAAACCAGCGACCUGGUGCUGGCUGAGCUCAGCUGUCCUUGCUGCUUAUGGUUGUUUGGUUGCAGCAAACAAUGAAACAGAAGCAAUGAAGGAGGAACCGGCCAAGGACGUCUGCCCGGUGAGACUAGAGAGCAGAGGGAAAUGCGAGGAGGGGGACGAAUGCCACUACCAGGUGAAACUGCCCCCGCUGACAGUUCAGCUCCCGAAGCAGUACGGCAGGAUGGAGGAGGUGUUCAAAGAAGUCCAGAACCUCAAGGAAAUCGUAAAUAGCCUGAAGAAAUGUUGCCACGACUGCAAACUGCAGGCUGAUGACAACCGAGAGCCGGGCAGAAAUGGACUGUUGUCACCUGGCACAGGAGCUCUGGGAGAGGCUGAUGACAACAGAGUUAGAGAAUUAGAGAGCGAGGUGAACAAGCUGUCCUCUGACCUAAGGAAUACGAAAGAGGAGAUCGACGUGCUUCAGGGUCGCCUGGAGAAGCUGAAUCUUGUCAAUAUGAACAACAUAGAAAAUUAUGUUGACAACAAAGUGGCAAAUCUAACAUUUGUGGUCAACAAUUUGGAUGGCAAAUGUUCAUCCAAGUGUCCCAAUCAAGAAGAAGUACAAUCACAUCCAGUUCAACAUCUACUAUACAAAGAUUGCUCUGAGUACUACACAAUUGGCAAAAGAAGCAGUGAGACCUACAGAGUCACACCGGAUCCCAAAAACAGUAGCUUCGAAGUUUACUGUGACAUGGAGACCAUGGGCGGAGGCUGGACAGUGCUGCAGGCACGUCUCGAUGGAAGCACCAACUUCACCAAAACAUGGCAAGACUACAAAAGAGGCUUUGGAAACCUCAGAAGAGAAUUUUGGCUGGGGAAUGAUAAAAUUCAUCUUCUGACCAAGAGUAAGGAAAUGAUCCUAAGAAUAGAUCUUGAAGAUUUUAACGGUGUCAAACUCUAUGCCUUGUAUGAUCAGUUUUAUGUGGCCAAUGAGUUUCUCAAAUACCGUUUACACGUUGGGAACUAUAACGGCACAGCUGGAGAUGCCUUACGUUUCAGUAAACACUACAACCAUGACAUGAAGUUUUUCACCACCCCAGAUAAAGACAAUGAUCGAUAUCCCUCUGGGAAUUGUGGGCUCUACUACAGUUCAGGCUGGUGGUUUGAUGCAUGUCUUUCUGCAAACUUAAAUGGCAAAUAUUAUCACCAAAAAUACAGAGGUGUUCGUAAUGGGAUUUUCUGGGGCACCUGGCCUGGUAUGAGUGAGGCACAGCCUGGUGGCUACAAGUCCUCCUUCAAAAAGGCCAAAAUGAUGAUCAGACCAAAGCACUUUAAGCCAUAAAUCACUAAUGUUCAUUCCUCUGUGUAUUCAUUACCUAAUAGAGCAAUUAAUUCCUUCAGUACUUUGGAACAUAUUUUGUACUCCUUUUCCACGGCUAAAAAUUUAUCUCUGAGCAGUGGGUUCUUAUGAGACACAGCAUUUGAAAUAAAGCUGAAAAAUAUACAUUUUAAAGGAGUGUUCUGUUACUGUUAUGCUGUUUUACACAUGAGUACUUGCAAGCAAUUGAGAAGAUUGAGAAUUACACAUUAAAUUUACAAUUCUCUCAAUUUCUAUUAAUUGAAAGUUUUCUAUUACUUGCUAUAAUUUAAAAAUAAUUGUUUAAUCAGCAGGCUAGAUUUUACAUAAGCAAUUUGUAUUUUGGCUGUGACAAACACUUCUGAAUAUAUAUCACGCUUUGGGGGCUGCACACAAUUAUUUGGGUGUUUUUUGUUUGUUUGUUUGGUCUCUAAAUACCCUAAUCCUCAUUUUGAGAUAAACUUAGUCAAUUUAUAGCUUUCACUUUGGGCCAGGAAGAGCCUACAGCAUUUUAGUUCCCAGCCAAAGGGAAAUAUAUAUAUAAUUAAAUCUGUUCAUGUACCAUUCAAGAAAUGUAAACUGUUUGUCAUUUAAAAUGUGUUAGCAUAAUGUCACUCCUAAAAGCAUUCAGAAAAUUAAUUUAACCCUAAAGACCAAGGUUUAAAGGUAAUUCAUUCACAGUUUAUAGCUCUUUAGAUGUUUGCUGGUGAAAACUGCUUUAACAUAAAAAUCAUCUUCCUUUGUUCGGUAUGCCCAGUACUUUUUAAUUUAAGAUUUCUCACUACUGUGCGAGACUACUGGUAGGCUUUCUUGUGGAGUAGGUGUGGGUAGGGAAUGAAUGAAGCAUUUAUUUAUAUUCUAUAAUACUCUGAAGGCCAAUUUUAUAUCCAAAGCAAUAGCAGCUUUAAAGCUAAGUUUUAUAGGACAAAUAGAUAAAUCUAUUUGUAAAAAGCAUAUGAAUUUUGAAAUAUAUAGAAUAGCAGUUCAAAUAUUAUAUAUUUUAACCCUAACUGAUGUACUGUUUAUUUUGCUGUCAGGAGAUGCAAAUAUAGGUGUUUAUUUUUUUAACCAAACAAAAGUACCUGGACCUUUUAUAAUGCAUCAAUUAAUUCUGGAAUGCAAGUAUCAUAGUCAAAAGAUUUGUGUUAAAUUUCAUCAUUUAAGAAAGGGAUCAUUUCAGGGAGAACAGCAGUAUUCUGCUGCAUGUCUGAAAAUGCUCUAGCAUAAAAUUUGAAAUAAUACACCAUACUGUAUGUGAAUCAUAGGCAUUCAUUCAGCCUUUAAUUUAUAGUGUCUGUUUCCACUACAGUAACCAAGUUUUCGAAAUAUAUUCACAAGUUCAUGUUUAGUCAUCAUUUGAAAGUAAUGUUGCUUUAGGUAAAAAGUUAAUUUUUCAAAUAUUGCCCUUUAUAGGAAAUUCUAAUAAAAAAGAAGCAAAAUAUUCUUUAAAAAGUAUAUAACAUGUGAAAAUUUCAGGUAAAUAUAAUGAAAACUAAGGUAUUAUGAAUACUUUAAAAACGUUAAAGAGAAAUGCAAAUAGUUAAUUAAGUGAUGACCGAAAUGUAAAAUAUCAUUGUAGAUUUCAAAGGCUGCAUAUCUCGCCAAUAGGACACCAAUUGUUAAUGUUGUAACUGAUUUACUUUUCAUUUCUCUCUCUUUUUUUUCUUUUUUUUAA